AUGGUCAGUCUCGGCGGCGUUGAAGUCUAUGCCAUUACCGUGGCCGUGCUGCUCGGCUCAUGCAUUCCGGCCAGUAGACUGUCUGCAAGCUCGCUCACACGCCGGUUCCGUAAAACCAACCUCUUUGUGAGCCGAUUCUUGACAUAUCCUCGCCUCUUCGGCGGCAAUCAAUACUUCCAGCCAUGGACAAUGCUCGAGUGUAUUAUGUUGUUAGGGUUCGCAGCGGUUAAUGUCAUCGUCGCCACACUCCCCUGGUUGUCUAUCCAAGAGCUACGAAGGCGGCUGGGCGUCUUAGCCGUGGUUAAUAUGGUCCCUCUAUACUUUGGAACGGCCCACGAUAUCCCAGCCACCAUCUUUGGUCUACUCCUCCGGGAUUAUAGCCGCGUCCAUCGCGUGAUGGGGGCAGCCUGUAUUACUCUGGGACUGAUGCACGCUAUCCUCUCCUGGAAUACGGUCCCGCAGAAAAAUUCCUCCUCGCUCUGGACGUGGAAUCAAGUGGUAUUCUCCUCCAUCUUGCUGAUUGCGAUUUCGACGCUGGUACGGUGGCGCAUCCAUUUCUACGAGUCGUUCCUAUGGGUCCACCGGCUUCUCGGCUUUAUAUGUCUUAUUGGUCUAUGGCGGCACGCAACGCCGGGAGCGAAAGUGUCGUACUGUGCGCUCUCCACCGCGACUCUUGCCUUUGCCCUUUCACUGUUGGUGGUUAUGGGCUUCACGGUCUGGAUCAAUGGACUCGUGCCUAAGAGAUGGUACAUCGCCCGAGGGUAUACGCUCGCCCGAGAUUCACGCUACAUGAGGAUCACCGUACAUAAGUGGCAAGGACGUCGCGUCCGCCCGGGCCAGUACUUACACUUAGUAGCUCCGGGAAUCACGAAUUUUGGGACUCUCCAAAGUCAUCCAUUUAUGGGCGUCCCCGGAUCGGAGGGACACUCACUGGAAAUGUUUGUCGAGAUGCGGUCCUCCUUCACCUCCAUGCUGUUUCAGCAGCCCGUCGAUUCAUCCCCGGAGCCGUCUCCGCCUUGGAAAACUAUUCUGUCGGAGAAGUGUUCGAGAGACUGCCUUGUUCUCCCUUGCGAGAAGCGAACCUUUCCCGUCCUUUUACGGGGUCCAUAUGGGCCAAGUGUAUCGCUGAGGGGUUUUGAAAUUGUGGUAAUGGUUGCUAAGCGAGGCUGCCACGUCGCCUCAUUCAUUCCCUAUCUUCGCAACAUCGCUCAUGAUCAACGAAGCCGCUUACGUGCCGUGCACCUCGUCUGGGAAGUUGAUUCGCCAGAGGAAGUAUGUAUGUGGUCUGAUGUGAUCAACGGUCUGCAAGCUGGCGUCGAAGUUCAUGCCCUCCCCGUGAAUGGUGACGCCGAAUUACUCGCCAAGGAGAGAAAGAGGGUGAAGAUUGCCAUUUACUACCCCGAGGGCUGUCCAGAUCGCUUGGACCUAGUUAAGACGGGACUGGAGGAUACCGUCACUGAGAAUUGGGGUCAGCCGGACCCAAAGGCGAUCUUGGGUGAGUGUAGAGCGUGCAGGAUCACGGAGGGUGAAAAAGCCGUUGUCGAGCCCGGGGUAGUGGGGAAGGAGCCCUCUGACGGGGUGCUUGUUCUAUUUUCGGGAAAGGCACAUGAGGACCGGAUUUGGUACGACUGCGUCUGCAGUUACCUGCCCGAAAAUGUGCGUUUCCUGCGCAUGCCAGAUUGGCAGUAA